GGUAGGGGGCAGUUCCCACGGGAUCCAGCUGCACGGCUCAGAGGUGGCGGCCUUGGAGAGCCUUCGGGAAAAGCUGCUGAAGGGGCCAGGCGGUAGCAACAACCUUCUUCGAACCCCUCCUCCUCUGCCCUCCCCCAGACCUUAGCGGCCUCCAGCAGAGAGCUAGCUGCAUCUUUGGGGACAGCAGGACAGCGGGGAAGCUGCGUACUGAGCGCGCGAGAGCGGCCAACAGUGGGGAUGCGAGGGGCAUGCACCCGGUCUCGCGAGAUCUCCUGUUUCCUAAAGGCGAGGCGCGGGCGGCAUCCUGCAGUGAAUUGCGAAGGUCUCGCCGAGGCUGAACAUAAUAUCGCGAUAGUUCCCACAGCGCAUGCGGGUGCCGGCGGCGGCGGCAUAUUGGCUCCGCCCCUUAGUGCUCCGUGAGGUUGUGCGUCAUUUGCUUUUCGCUUCGCGUGGGGUGAGAGAGGAGCUGUAGCGAUUUCGGCUUUGGUGGAAGGAGAGGUCUGGGACGGGCAGGGCUCAGUUUUUCCCCGUUCCGGUGGAGGUUCUCCUGGGAUCACGCGAAGGCCGCAGAGGUUGCCUACUGAGUGCAGGAGCUGCGGAGGCGCGGGCAGCGUCUUCUGGUCGUGCUGUUCUUAGCCGGUCCUCCAGUAGCUUGACCUGAGUGGCUUUAUUAGUGCUUCAGAGGAACAAACCAGUAGACCAGAACUUGGUCAGGAAGUUUCAGGAAGCUGUUGGAGGAGUGUUGGGAUUUCCCACCAGGAUGACUAUGAUUGGCUGUGAUUUUAGAUCUUAAAUCAGAAAAUUGGAAACAUGAAAGUAGACAGGACUAAACUGAAAAAGACACCUACUGAGGCCGUGGGGAUUGCCCUUCCAAGCAUUAAAGCAAAGGACAAAAAACCAAAAUGGAAAUGUAAAAUACCAUAUCCAAAAUAAAAGGACACAUGACAAUAGCCAUUCUAACAGCCUGCAGACUGCAGAGCCUUAAUAGACAAACUCAAAGUUUGUAAUGAUGAGCAACUCCUCUUGGAACUGCAGCAAAUCAAAACAUGGAACAUUGGCAAGUGUGAGUUAUAUCACUGGGUGGAUCUUUUGGACCGCUUUGAUGGAAUUCUGGCAGAUGCUGGACAAACAGUGGAGAAUAUGUCAUGGAUGCUUGUAUGUGAUAGGCCAGAAAAAGAGCAGCUAAAAAUGCUUCUAUUGGCUGUAUUGAACUUCACAGCCUUGCUUAUUGAGUACAGCUUUUCUCGGCAUCUGUACAGUUCCAUAGAGCAUUUGACAACUUUAUUGGCUUCCUCUGAUAUGCAAGUGGUGCUGGCAGUCCUUAACCUUCUAUAUGUAUUUAGCAAAAGAUCAAACUACAUCACACGUCUUGGAUCUGACAAGAGGACCCCACUACUGACAAGGCUGCAACAUUUGGCAGAGAGCUGGGGUGGAAAGGAGAAUGGCUUUGGACUUGCAGAAUGUUGCAGAGACUUGCACAUGUUGAAAUAUCCACCCAGUGCAACCACACUACACUUUGAAUUCUAUGCGGAUCCUGGAGCUGAGGUCAAAAUUGAGAAGAGGACAACUAGUAAUACACUACAUUAUAUUCACAUAGAACAACUUGACAAGAUUUCAGAAAGCCCUUCUGAAAUAAUGGAAUCUCUUACCAAAAUGUACAGCAUUCCUAAGGAUAAGCAGAUGCUGUUAUUUACUCAUAUACGGCUGGCCCAUGGUUUUUCUAAUCACAGGAAGAGAUUACAAGCUGUUCAGGCAAGACUGCAUGCAAUAUCUAUAUUAGUCUAUUCCAAUGCCUUGCAAGAGUCAGCAAACAGUAUCUUGUAUAAUGGGUUGAUAGAGGAGUUGGUAGAUGUCCUUCAAAUCACAGACAAGCAGCUUAUGGAAAUUAAAGCUGCUUCUUUACGAACGUUAACAUCAAUUGUGCAUUUGGAAAGAACUCCCAAGCUCAGUAGUAUUAUUGACUGCACGGGAACUGCCUCCUACCAUGGAUUUUUGCCUGUGCUUGUGCGGAACUGCAUUCAGGCUAUGAUUGAUCCUUCCAUGGACCCAUACCCACAUCAGUUUGCCACUGCUCUCUUCUCCUUUUUGUACCACCUGGCCAGCUAUGAUGCUGGUGGUGAAGCCUUGGUCUCCUGUGGAAUGAUGGAAGCCUUACUAAAGGUCAUAAAAUUUCUUGGUGAUGAACAAGACCAGAUAACAUUUGUCACCAGAGCUGUCAGAGUGGUUGACCUUAUCACCAACUUGGACAUGGCAGCUUUUCAGUCUCAUAGUGGUCUUUCUAUCUUCAUCUACAGACUUGAGCACGAAGUAGAUUUGUGUCGAAAAGAAUGUCCUUUUGUGAUCAAGCCAAAGAUCCAGAGACCUAGUACCGCUCAAGAAGGAGAAGAAAUGGAAACGGAUAUGGAUGUUGCAGAUGUAACUAUGGAAAGCAGUCCAGGCUCGUCCAUAUCUAUGGAGCACCGGCUGGAUGUUGAAUUAAGGGCAUCAAGUUCCAACAGCAGCACUAGCAUCUCUGGCCCUGGCCCGGGCCCUGGCCCAGGCCCUGGCCCUGGCCCUGGUCCUGGCCCUGGCCCUGGUCCUGGCCCUGGCCUUGGCCCUGGCCCUGGACCCCGUCCUGGAGUCCAGUGUAUUCCCCAACGAGCAGCACUUCUCAAGUCCAUGUUGAAUUUCCUCAAGAAGGCCAUUCAAGACCCUGCUUUCUCAGAUGGCAUACGGCAUGUGAUGGAUGGUUCUCUACCUACCUCUCUGAAACACAUCAUUAGCAAUGCAGAAUACUAUGGCCCAUCUCUCUUCCUCCUAGCUACUGAAGUGGUGACUGUGUUUGUAUUUCAAGAGCCAUCACUGCUAUCCUCACUCCAGGACAAUGGGCUGACAGAUGUCAUGCUGCACGCACUGCUCAUCAAAGAUGUUCCUGCUACAAGGGAAGUCCUUGGUUCCCUCCCAAAUGUAUUCAGUGCACUUUGCUUGAAUGCCCGAGGUCUUCAGUCUUUUGUACAAUGUCAGCCAUUUGAACGUUUGUUCAAAGUUCUUCUGUCUCCUGAUUACCUCCCAGCCAUGCGGAGGAGGAGGAGUUCCGAUCCCCUUGGGGAUACUGCAUCCAACUUGGGAAGUGCUGUUGAUGAGCUCAUGAGACAUCAACCCACCCUCAAAACAGAUGCAACAACUGCCAUUAUCAAGUUACUUGAGGAAAUCUGUAAUCUUGGAAGAGAUCCAAAAUAUAUCUGUCAGAAGCCUUCCAUCCAGAAAGCAGAUGGUACUGCUAGUGCUCCUCCUCCAAGGUCUAAUCAUGCUGCAGAAGAAGCCUCUAGUGAAGAUGAGGAGGAAGAGGAAGUACAGGCCAUGCAGAGCUUUAAUUCUGCCCAGCAGAAUGAAACCGAGCCUAAUCAGCAGGUUGUUGGUACAGAGGAACGUAUUCCGAUCCCCCUCAUGGAUUACAUCCUUAAUGUGAUGAAAUUUGUGGAAUCUAUUCUGAGCAACAAUACAACAGAUGACCACUGUCAAGAAUUUGUAAAUCAGAAAGGACUCUUACCUUUGGUUACCAUUUUGGGUCUUCCCAAUCUGCCCAUUGACUUUCCCACAUCUGCUGCCUGUCAGGCUGUUGCAGGUGUCUGCAAAUCCAUAUUGACCCUUUCACAUGAACCCAAAGUUCUUCAAGAAGGUCUCCUUCAGUUAGACUCUAUCCUUUCCUCCUUGGAGCCUUUACACCGGCCCAUUGAGUCCCCCGGGGGCUCUGUGUUACUGCGAGAACUGGCAUGCGCAGGCAAUGUUGCUGAUGCCACCCUCUCAGCUCAGGCCACACCUCUGUUGCAUGCGCUCACUGCUGCCCAUGCCUACAUCAUGAUGUUUGUUCACACUUGCAGAGUUGGACAGAGUGAAAUUCGUUCCAUCUCUGUAAACCAGUGGGGUUCUCAGUUGGGUUUGAGUGUUCUGAGCAAGCUAAGCCAGUUAUACUGUUCUCUGGUAUGGGAAAGCACUGUCCUCCUCUCUCUGUGUACCCCUAACAGCUUACCGUCUGGAUGUGAAUUUGGCCAAGCAGACAUGCAGAAACUUGUUCCAAAGGAUGAGAAGGCAGGUACGACCCAGGGCGGAAAAAGAUCAGAUGGAGAACAGGAUGGAGCAGCUGGAAGUAUGGAUUCUUCUACCCAGGGCUUAUUGGAAGGAAUUGAGCUAGAUGGUGAUACAUUGGCUCCCAUGGAGACAGAUGAACCUUCUUCGGAUUCUAAGGGCAAAUCUAAAAUCACACCUGCUAUGGCUGCCAGAAUUAAACAAAUCAAGCCGUUGCUGUCAGCUUCUUCCAGAUUAGGCCGUGCACUUGCUGAGCUCUUUGGACUCCUUGUUAAGCUUUGUGUGGGUUCUCCUGUCCGUCAAAGAAGGAGCCAUCAUGCUGCCAGUACCACUACUGCACCAACACCUGCUGCUAGAUCAACAGCUUCAGCCCUCACGAAGCUACUAACAAAGGGCUUAUCUUGGCAGCCCCCACCAUAUACACCUACUCCCCGCUUCAGGUUGACAUUCUUCAUCUGUUCAGUUGGAUUCACAUCUCCAAUGCUGUUUGAUGAGAGAAAGUAUCCGUACCACCUUAUGCUGCAGAAAUUUCUCUGUUCUGGAGGUCACAAUGCUCUUUUUGAAACUUUCAACUGGGCUCUGUCUAUGGGAGGAAAAGUUCCAGUUUCUGAGGGAUUGGAGCAUUCAGACUUACCCGAUGGCACAGGAGAAUUUCUAGAUGCCUGGCUUAUGCUUGUAGAAAAGAUGGUGAAUCCCACCACGGUGCUUGAGUCUCCACAUUCGUUGCCUGCCAAAUUGCCUGGAGGGGUCCAGAGCUUUCCACAAUUCAGUGCCCUCCGCUUUCUUGUAGUAACUCAAAAAGCAGCCUUUACUUGCAUCAAGAACCUAUGGAACCGGAAACCCCUUAAAGUAUAUGGGGGACGAAUGGCUGAGUCUAUGCUGGCCAUUCUAUGCCACAUUCUCCGAGGAGAACCUGUAAUUCGAGAGAGACUGAGCAAAGAGAAGGAAGGAACUCGAGGAGAAGAAGAUGCAGGCCAAGAAGAAGGUGGCUCCCGCAGAGAACCUCAGGUCAACCAGCAACAGCUGCAACAGCUCAUGGACAUGGGUUUCACAAGAGAACAUGCCAUGGAGGCUCUGUUGAACACCAGCACGAUGGAACAAGCAACAGAGUACCUUUUAACCCAUCCUCCUCCAAUCAUAGGAGGAGUUGUUCGGGAUCUUAGCAUGUCUGAAGAGGACCAGAUGAUGAGAGCAAUUGCCAUGUCUCUGGGACAGGAUAUUCCAAUGGAUCAAAGGGCAGAGUCACCUGAGGAAGUUGCUUGCCGAAAGGAAGAAGAGGAACGGAAAGCUCGAGAAAAACAAGAAGAGGAAGAAGCUAAGUGUCUAGAGAAGUUUCAAGAUGCUGACCCAUUGGAACAAGAUGAACUCCACACUUUCACAGAUACAAUGUUACCAGGCUGUUUCCAUCUUCUUGAUGAGCUACCUGAUACAGUGUACCGUGUUUGUGAUCUGAUCAUGACAGCUAUCAAACGUAAUGGAGCCGACUAUCGUGAUAUGAUUCUGAAGCAGGUUGUCAACCAGGUUUGGGAAGCUGCUGAUGUAUUGAUAAAAGCUGCUCUUCCUCUAACAACAAGUGACACAAAAACAGUAUCAGAGUGGAUCAGUCAGAUGGCUACCCUGCCACAGGCCUCCAAUUUGGCUACUAGAAUCUUGCUUUUAACACUACUCUUUGAGGAGUUGAAGCUGCCUUGUGCCUGGGUGGUGGAAUCAAGUGGCAUCCUUAAUGUCUUAAUCAAGCUCUUAGAAGUGGUUCAGCCCUGUCUGCAGGCUGCCAAAGAGCAAAAGGAAGUCCAGACUCCCAAGUGGAUCACCCCAGUGUUGCUCCUUAUCGAUUUUUAUGAAAAGACGGCCAUCUCAUCAAAGAGAAGAGCCCAAAUGACUAAGUACCUACAGUCCAACAACAAUAACUGGCGCUGGUUUGAUGACCGCUCUGGACGUUGGUGUAGUUACAGUGCUAGCAACAACAGUACCAUUGAUUCUGCCUGGAAAUCCGGAGAAACAAGUGUGAGAUUCACUGCAGGCCGACGAAGAUACACUGUUCAGUUCACUACCAUGGUGCAGGUUAAUGAAGAAACAGGGAACCGACGCCCUGUGAUGCUAACUCUCCUCAGGGUACCACGACUGAAUAAAAACUCAAAAAGCAGCAAUGGACAGGAACUGGAAAAGACACUAGAAGAAAGCAAAGAAACUGAUAUCAAACGUAAAGAAAAUAAAGGGAAUGAUAUUCCCUUGGCUCUAGAGAGUACAAACACUGAAAAAGAAGCAAGCCUAGAAGAAACAAAAAUUGGAGAGAUCUUAAUCCAGGGCCUGACUGAAGAUAUGGUGACUGUUCUAAUCAGAGCCUGUGUGAGCAUGCUGGGCGUUCCUGUGGACCCAGACACUUUGCAUGCUACCCUUCGCCUCUGUCUGAGGCUCACACGCGACCACAAAUAUGCCAUGAUGUUUGCAGAGCUGAAGAGUACACGAAUGAUCUUGAAUUUGACCCAGAGCUCAGGCUUCAAUGGCUUUACUCCCUUAGUCACCCUUCUCUUAAGACACAUUAUUGAGGAUCCUUGUACUCUACGUCAUACUAUGGAAAAGGUUGUUCGUUCAGCAGCUACAAGUGGAGCUGGAAGUACUACAUCUGGUGUUGUAUCUGGUAGCCUCGGCUCUCGGGAGAUCAACUACAUCCUUCGAGUCCUUGGGCCAGCUGCCUGCCGCAAUCCAGACAUAUUCACAGAAGUAGCCAAUUGCUGUAUCCGCAUUGCUCUUCCAGCCCCUCGAGGCUCAGGGACUGCUUCAGAUGAUGAAUUUGAGAAUCUUAGAAUUAAAGGUCCUAAUGCUGUACAGCUAGUAAAGACAACACCUUUGAAACCUUCAUCUUUGCCUGUCAUUCCUGAUACUAUUAAGGAAGUUAUCUAUGAUAUGCUGAAUGCUUUGGCUGCAUACCAUGCUCCAGAGGAAGCAGACAAAUCUGAUCCUAAACCCGGGGGAAUGACCCAAGAGGUUGGCCAGCUCCUGCAAGACAUGGGUGACGAUGUAUACCAGCAGUACCGAUCACUUACUCGUCAGAGCAGUGACUUUGAUACACAGUCAGGUUUUUCCUUAAAUAGUCAGGUCUUUGCUGCAGACGGUACCCCUACUGAGACUUCCACACCUGGAACCUCCCAAGGAGAGGUAGCUUCAACUCCAGAGGACACUCGAGAAGGGAAGAAAGAUAAAGAAGGGGACCGGACCUCCGAGGAAGGCAAGCAGAAAGGCAAGGGCAGCAAACCUUUAAUGCCUACCUCUACUAUCCUUCGUCUUCUGGCAGAGUUGGUGAGGUCCUAUGUUGGUAUUGCUACCCUGAUUGCAAACUACAGCUAUACCGUGGGCCAGUCUGAGCUGAUCAAAGAGGACUGCAGUGUGCUAGCUUUUGUCCUGGACCACCUCCUCCCACACACCCAGAAUGCAGAAGAUAAGGACACACCUGCACUGGCCCGUCUGUUUCUUGCAAGUUUGGCUGCUGCGGGGAGUGGCACAGAUGCCCAGGUGGCCUUAGUGAAUGAAGUAAAAGCAGCCCUGGGACGGGCACUUGCUAUGGCUGAGAGUACAGAGAAACAUGCCAGACUCCAGGCAGUGAUGUGUAUCAUCAGUACUAUCAUGGAGUCCUGCCCUUCCACCUCCAGUUUCUACAGUAGUGCUACAACCAAGACUCAGCAUAAUGGCAUGAACAACAUCAUUCGACUGUUCCUGAAGAAGGGACUAGUCAAUGACCUGGCCAGAGUUCCUCACAGCCUAGACCUGUCAAGUCCCAAUAUGGCCAAUACAGUCAAUGCUGCUCUAAAACCUUUGGAAACACUUUCCCGGAUUGUAAACCAGCCCAGUAGCCUUUUUGGCAGCAAGGGUGCUUCUAGCAAGAACAAGUCUGAGCAGGAUGCCCAAGGAGCCUCUCAGGACUCAAGUAGCCAUCAGCAAGAUCCAGGCGAGCCUGGGGAAGCAGAAGUACAGGAGGAGGAUCAUGAUGUCACUCAGACAGAGGUGGCAGAUGGGGAUAUCAUGGAUGGGGAGGCUGAGACCGACUCAGUGGUGAUUGCUGGGCAGCCUGAGGUGCUCAGUUCACAAGAGAUGCAGGUUGAGAAUGAGCUGGAGGACCUGAUAGAUGAGUUGCUUGAGAGGGAUGGCGGAUCUGGGAACAGUACAAUUAUAGUGAGCAGAAGUGGAGAGGAUGAAUCACAAGAGGACGUGCUGAUGGAUGAAGCUCCUUCCAACCUCAGCCAAGCUUCCACCUUGCAGGCCAACCGAGAAGAUUCCAUGAAUAUCCUGGACCCUGAGGAUGAGGAGGAGCACACUCAGGAAGAGGACAGCAGUGGCAGUAACGAGGAUGAGGAUGAUAGUCAGGAUGAAGAGGAGGAGGAGGAGGAAGAUGAGGAAGAUGAUCAGGAGGAUGAUGAAGGUGAAGAAGGAGAUGAAGAUGAUGACGACGAUGGUUCUGAGAUGGAAUUGGAUGAGGAUUACCCUGAUAUGAACGCUUCUCCCUUGGUCCGAUUUGAGCGCUUUGACCGGGAGGAUGAUCUCAUCAUUGAGUUUGACAACAUGUUCUCCAGUGCUACGGACAUCCCCCCAUCCCCAGGAAAUAUUCCUACCACCCACCCAUUGAUGGUACGCCAUGCAGAUCACAGUUCCCUGACACUGGGCAGUGGCUCUUCCACAACUCGUCUUACCCAGGGCAUCGGUCGCAGUCAAAGGACUCUUAGACAGCUGACAGCCAAUACAGGCCAUACCAUUCAUGUUCACUACCCUGGAAAUCGCCAGCCUAACCCUCCUCUUAUACUUCAGAGGUUGCUUGGUCCCUCAGCUGCUGCUGACAUCCUUCAGCUGAGCAGCAGCCUUCCCUUACAAAGCCGAGGCCGGGCCCGCCUCCUAGUGGGCAAUGAUGAUGUCCAUAUCAUCGCCAGGUCUGACGAUGAGCUGCUGGAUGACUUCUUCCAUGACCAGAGUACAGCUACUAGCCAAGCAGGAACCCUGUCAAGCAUCCCUACAGCUCUGACCCGAUGGACAGAGGAAUGUAAAGUUCUUGAUGCCGAGAGCAUGCAUGACUGUGUUUCAGUGGUUAAAGUGCCCAUUGUCAAUCACCUGGAAUUCUUGAGAGAUGAGGAGCUAGAAGAGAGAAGGGAAAAACGCAGGAAACAACUGGCUGAGGAAGAAACAAAAAUAAUAGACAAAAGCAAAGAAGACAAGGAAAACAGAGAUCAAAGUGCACAGUGUACUGUAUCUAAGACAAAUGACUCCACUGAACCAAAUGUCUCAGAUGGGACUCCUAUGCCUGACAGCUAUCCAACAACACCCUCUUCAACGGAUGCAGCUACAUCUGAGUCCAAGGAACUUGGUACUCUAGAACCCUCCCAGCAGCAGCCUGCACUCCCACCCCCGCCAGCCUUAGGAGCGAUUCCUCAGGAACUGCAGUCCCCUGCUGAAGAAGUGGGAAACUCUACACAGCUAUUGAUGCCUAUAGAGUUGGAGGAAUUGGGUCCCACAAGGCCAAGUGGAGAAACAGAAACAACUCAAAUGGAAUUGUCCCCAGCUCCCACCAUAACCUCUCUUUCCCCAGAGAGAGCUGAAGAUUCAGAUGCAUUAACAGCUGUCAGUAGUCAGCUAGAAGGUUCUCCCAUGGACACCAGCAGCUUGGCUUCCUGUACAUUAGAAGAGGCUGUGGGUGACACUCCAGCAGCUGGCAGUUCAGAGCAGCCCACAGCAGGCAGCUCCACUCCUGGGGAUGCCCCAUCAGUUGUGGCAGAAGUGCAAGGCAGACCUGAUGUGUCAGGAGAAUCCACCCAGCAACCUGAGGACAACUCUCCCCCUGCAUCCUCUGAGAGUUCUUCCACCAGAGAUUCUGCUGUGGCCAUCUCUGGAGCAGAUUCUCGAGGAAUUCUAGAAGAGCCACUACCUUCAACAAGCAGUGAAGAAGAAGAUCCCCUUGCUGGUAUCAGUCUCCCUGAAGGUGUAGAUCCCUCCUUUUUGGCUGCUCUCCCUGAUGAUAUCCGUCGGGAAGUCCUACAGAACCAGCUGGGCAUCCGUCCACCAGCCCGAAGUGCUCCCUCCACAAACAACUCAGCUCCUGCAGUAGUGGGGAAUCCUGGUGUGACUGAAGUGAGCCCUGAAUUCCUGGCCGCCCUACCUCCAGCCAUUCAAGAGGAAGUACUAGCACAGCAGAGAGCUGAACAGCAGCGACGGGAACUGGCCCAGAAUGCCAGCUCAGACACCCCAAUGGACCCUGUGACCUUCAUUCAGACUCUGCCCUCAGAUUUGCGCCGGAGUGUCCUAGAGGACAUGGAAGACAGUGUGUUGGCUGUGAUGCCACCAGACAUUGCAGCUGAGGCUCAAGCCCUAAGACGAGAACAAGAAGCCCGGCAGCGGCAGCUCAUGCAUGAGCGUCUUUUUGGACACAGCAGUACCUCUGCACUCUCUGCCAUUCUUCGAAGCCCAGCUUUUACCAGUCGCCUGAGUGGCAACCGUGGGGUCCAAUAUACUCGCCUUGCUGUACAGAGAGGCGGCACCUUCCAGAUGGGAGGUAGCAGCAGCCAUAAUAGGCCUUCUGGCAGUAAUGUGGACACACUCCUCCGCCUCCGAGGACGACUCCUCCUGGACCAUGAAGCCCUGUCUUGCCUCUUGGUCUUACUUUUUGUGGAUGAGCCAAAGCUCAAUACUAGCCGUCUACAUCGAGUACUGAGAAAUCUCUGCUACCAUGCUCAGACCCGUCACUGGGUCAUCCGCAGCCUCCUGUCCAUUUUGCAGCGCAGCAGUGAGAGUGAGUUGUGCAUUGAGACACCCAAGCUCUCCACAAGUGAAGAAAGGGGUAAGAAGUCAAGCAAGAGCUGUGUUGCUGCAUCAAGCAGCCAUGAGAACCGUCCCCUGGAUCUGCUCCACAAGAUGGAGUCCAAAAGUUCCAAUCAGCUCUCCUGGCUCUCAGUAUCUAUGGAUGCUGCCUUAGGCUGUAGGACUAACAUAUUCCAGAUUCAACGUUCUGGAGGGCGUAAACAUACAGAGAAGCAUGCAAGUAGUGGUUCCACUGUCCACAUCCACCCCCAGGCUGCUCCUGUUGUCUGCAGACAUGUUCUGGAUACACUCAUUCAAUUGGCCAAGGUGUUUCCCAGCCACUUUACACAGCAGCGGACCAAAGAAACAAAUUGUGAGAGUGAUCGGGAAAGGGGCAGUAAGCAGGCCUGCAGCCCAUGCUCUUCACAGUCCUCUAGCAGUGGCAUUUGUACAGACUUCUGGGACUUACUGGUAAAACUGGACAACAUGAAUGUUAGCCGGAAAGGCAAGAACUCCGUGAAGUCAGUACCAGUGAGCUCUAGUGGUGAAGGGGAAACUUCUCCACACAGCCUUGAAGCCUCUCCACUGGGGCAGCUCAUGAACAUGUUGUCACAUCCAGUCAUCCGCCGGAGUUCUCUAUUAACUGAGAAACUCCUAAGACUCCUCUCACUCAUCUCAAUUGCUCUCCCAGAAAACAAAGUAUCCGAAACACAAGCUAACUCUGGCAGCAGCAGUGCUUCUUCCACUGCUGCCACUUCAGCCACAUGUUCCACCACCACCACCACCACCACCACCACCACCACCACUACUGCCGCUGCCUCCACGCCAACACCCCCUGCUGCAACCACCCCUGUCACUUCUGCUCCAGCUCCGGUUGCUGCCACAACUAUUUCCACCAUUACUGUAGCUUCUUCUACCACAGUGACUACCCCCACAACUGCUACCACUACUGUUUCAACUUCCACUACUAAAGGCAGCAAAUCUCCAGCAAAGGUGGGUGAAGGAGGCAGCAAUGCUUUAGACUUAAAAAUGGUAUCCUCUGGCCUCACUGAAAACCAGUUACAGCUCUCUGUGGAGGUGUUGACUUCCCACUCUUGUUCUGAAGAAGGCUUGGAAGAUGCAGCCAAUGUAUUACUGCAGCUCUCUCGGGGGGACUCUGGGACCCGAGACACUGUUCUUAAGCUGCUACUGAAUGGAGCCCGCCAUCUGGGUUAUACCCUUUGUAAACAGAUAGGUACCCUACUUGCUGAGCUACGGGAGUACAAUCUAGAACAGCAGCGGCGAGCCCAGUGUGAAGCCCUUUCUCCUGAUGGUCUACCUGAGGAGCAGCCACAGACCACUAAGCUGAAAGGCAAAAUGCAGAGCAGGUUUGAUAUGGCUGAGAAUGUGGUAAUUGUAGCGUCUCAGAAGCGCCCCUUGGGUGGCCGGGAGCUCCAGCUGCCUUCUAUGUCCAUGUUGACAUCCAAGACAUCUACGCAGAAGUUCUUCUUGAGGGUACUGCAGGUCAUCAUCCAGCUGCGGGAUGACACACGACGAGCUAACAAGAAAGCCAAGCAGACAGGCAGGCUAGGUUCCUCCGGUUUAGGCUCAGCUAGCAGCAUCCAGGCAGCUGUUCGGCAGCUGGAGGCUGAGGCUGAUGCCAUUAUACAAAUGGUACGUGAGGGUCAAAGGGCGCGGAGACAGCAACAAGCAGCAACGUCGGAGUCUAACCAGUCAGAAGCAUCUGUCCGGAGAGAAGAGUCACCCAUGGAUGUGGACCAGCCAUCUCCCAGUGCUCAAGAUACUCAGUCCAUUGGUCACACGAUCUGCAGGUGCCACAGCCAGGACUCAAACCUAGGGCUGUCAGAGCCUGGAAGAAUAGUCAGGAUUUGGUUAGAGGAUGAAAACAAAGUAGCCUCAGAUGGAACACCACAGGUGGAGAAGGAGAAAGAGGAGAGACCACCUGAGUUACCCCUGCUCAGUGAGCAGCUGAGUCUAGAUGAGCUGUGGGACAUGUUAGGGGAAUGUUUAAAGGAACUGGAGGAAUCCCAUGACCAGCAUGCAGUAUUAGUGCUACAGCCUGCUGUCGAGGCCUUCUUUUUGGUCCAUGCCACAGAGCGGGAGAGCAAGCCGCCUGUCCGAGACACCCGUGAGAGCCAGCUGGCUCACAUCAAGGAUGAGCCUCCUCCACUCUCCCCUGCCCCCUUAACUCCAGCCACUCCUUCCUCCCUUGACCCAUUCUUCUCCAGGGAGCCCUCAUCUAUGCACAUCUCCUCAAGCCUGCCCCCUGACACACAGAAGUUCCUUCGUUUUGCAGAGACUCACCGCACUGUGUUAAACCAGAUUCUACGGCAGUCCACAACCCACCUUGCUGAUGGGCCUUUUGCUGUCUUAGUAGAUUACAUUCGUGUCCUCGACUUUGAUGUCAAGCGCAAAUAUUUCCGCCAAGAGCUGGAACGCUUGGACGAAGGGCUUCGGAAGGAAGACAUGGCUGUGCAUGUCCGCCGUGACCAUGUAUUUGAAGACUCCUAUCGUGAGCUGCAUCGCAAAUCUCCUGAAGAAAUGAAGAAUCGAUUGUAUAUAGUGUUUGAAGGAGAAGAAGGGCAGGAUGCCGGGGGGCUCCUGCGAGAAUGGUACAUGAUCAUCUCUCGAGAGAUGUUCAACCCUAUGUAUGCCUUGUUCCGUACCUCACCUGGUGACCGGGUCACUUACACAAUCAAUCCAUCUUCACACUGUAACCCCAACCACCUCAGCUAUUUCAAGUUUGUUGGGCGCAUUGUAGCCAAAGCUGUAUAUGACAACCGCCUGCUGGAGUGCUACUUUACUCGGUCCUUCUACAAACACAUCUUGGGCAAGUCUGUCAGGUAUACAGAUAUGGAGAGUGAAGAUUACCACUUCUACCAGGGCCUAGUUUAUCUGCUAGAAAAUGAUGUCUCCACACUAGGCUAUGACCUCACCUUCAGCACUGAGGUUCAAGAAUUUGGAGUAUGUGAAGUUCGUGACCUCAAACCCAAUGGAGCCAACAUCUUGGUAACAGAGGAGAAUAAGAAGGAAUAUGUACACCUGGUGUGCCAGAUGAGAAUGACAGGAGCCAUCCGCAAACAGCUGGCAGCCUUCUUGGAAGGCUUCUAUGAAAUCAUUCCAAAGCGCCUCAUUUCCAUCUUCACUGAGCAGGAAUUAGAGUUGCUCAUAUCAGGGCUGCCCACCAUCGACAUUGAUGAUCUAAAAUCUAACACUGAGUACCACAAGUACCAAUCCAACUCUAUUCAGAUCCAGUGGUUCUGGAGAGCAUUGCGUUCCUUUGACCAAGCAGAUCGUGCCAAGUUCCUCCAGUUUGUCACGGGUACUUCCAAGGUGCCCCUGCAAGGGUUUGCUGCCCUUGAAGGCAUGAACGGCAUUCAGAAAUUUCAGAUUCAUCGAGAUGACAGAUCCACAGAUCGCUUGCCUUCAGCUCACACGUGUUUUAAUCAACUGGACCUGCCUGCCUAUGAGAGCUUUGAGAAGCUCCGCCACAUGCUACUAUUGGCCAUCCAGGAGUGCUCUGAAGGUUUUGGGCUGGCGUAGUAGGGCUCUGCCUACUUCUGUGGGGGUUUUCUACCAUUGUUGGACCUGGGGAGGGGGGAUUUAAAAGAUCCAGAAAGAAAAUGUCAAAAUCCAAUAAAUAAACUUCACCAACUCACCAUGUGUGUGUCCCAGCUGCCCAUCUUCCCUAGUGCAUACCUGUUGCCUUCUCAUUCUCUUUCCUCGCCCCUUCCUUGCCUCUCCCUUUUCCAUGCCGUCCAUGAUCCCCCACCCCAUGUGUUAAGGCAUUAGCCUUUGCAGGGACCUGUUUGUCCCAACUGAACAGUGUGCUCCUCAGAUUCUGUGUUCAGAAGGAUUUGCUGCAUUGAGACUUGAAACCUUUGGAUAGGGGAAAAAUUAUAUAUAUAUAUAUUUUUUUGUUCUGUUUGCAUUUCUUAAUUUGUGCUUGGAAUGUGUUGAUGUGCACAGCUAAUGAUUUAAUGCGAGACAAGAUUGGCAUCUGUGUUGUGGAGGUUUCAAAUAAAGAGCACUCUUCAUAACUCACUUUUCACAACGGAGUUUUUUUCAAACAAAUUUUUUUUGGGGGAAAAAAAGCCCUCAUAUACAUACCAGACAAAUUAACUU